AUGGCUUGGCAAAGAAUCCUAUUGAGUUCAUUUUUUUUUACAGAUAAGAAGUUAGAACUGUACAUCUAUAUAGGAGCAGGUGCAGGAGGAUUGUUUGUGAUUAUAGCUAUAUUAUUGAUUAUACUGUGUAUUAGGAAAAGAUCAAAGAAGAAAACUAUAAAUGGAGAACAAACAACGCAUGGUAGCAAUGAUCCUUAUUCUGAUAAUGGCGAACUAAGGGAUAACAUGUUAUACGUUUCCUCCGAUCAACAAGAUAUUAUCGAGGACGGAAAUUACCAUAUGGUUGAUUUAGGAGAGAAAGGAGGAGUUAAUGAAAGUAGAAGUUCUAAAGUCGAAUAUAGUACAGCUGACGGAAACUACAGUUCAAUAGGAAGUCCAGAUACUAAACAUAAACCGAAAGCGGCCGUCAACUUCCGUGAAUCAGACAACAAAACACAACGUAUAUUUCUCGUGGAAAACAGCAAUGAUGAGUAUGCCGUGGUAGACAAAGGGAGAAAAUCUGAAAGUGUUAAACAUGCUUCUACUUUGGUAAGAAAUAGCAGCGAAAAAGACAUGGAGAUGCAUGCUUGGUUUACAAGUAGAUCAGACAUAUGCAGUGGUGGAUAAAACAAAUAGGGGGAAAGCUGAUGAAUGAGGACAAAACAAAAGUGCAACAAAAAGAACGAAUAACCAGAAAUUACCCUUUAUUGGAGUUGUCGGUCAUGACUUCUAAUAAAUGCCUAACAGCAGUUUCAACGCGUUUUCUAACAAGCGUAGGUUAAUACGCAACCGCAUACGAUAACUGAAAUAAAAUGCAUUAUAACAUGCUUAUUGUCUAAUGCUUUAUGCUUUGUGUGUAAUAAAAGCAUACUGUUGCAAUCUCUACAUUAUAUUUUGUUAAAACUGUAUAAUAAAGCAUUGCUUUGUCAUAUUUUCAAAUAUCUAAGAGGUUAACAAUUUUGUUUUUGAACGGGUACGCUAAGUAUACUUUUUAGCUCACCUGGCCCGAAGGGCCAAGUGAGCUUUUCUCAUCACUUGGCGUCCGUCGUCUGUCGUCGUCCGUCGUCGUCCUGCGUCCGGCGUUAACUUUUACAAAAAUCUUCUCCUCUGAAACUACUGGGCCAAAUUUAACCAAACUUGGCCACAAUCAUCAUUGAGGUAUCUAGUUUAAAAAUUGUGUCCGGUGACCUUGCCAACCAACCAAGAUGGCCGCCAUGGCUAAAAAUAGAACAUAGGGGUAAAAUGCAGUUUUGGCUUAUAACUCAAAAACCAAAGCAUUUAGAGCAAAUCUGACAUGGUGUAAAAUUGUUUAUCAGGUUAAGAUCUAUCUGCCUUGAAAUUUUCAGAUGAAUCUGACAUUCCGUUGUUAGGUUGCUGCCCCUGAAUCAGUAAUUUUAAGGAAAUUUUGCUGUUUUUGUUUAUUAUCUUGAAUAUUAUUAUAGAUAGAGAAAAACUGUAAACAGCAAUAAUGUUCAGCAAAGUAAGAUCUACAAAUAAGUCAACAUGACCAAAAUGGUCAGUUGACCACUGUAGGAGUUAUUGCCCUUUAUAGUCAAUUUUUAACCAUUUUACGUAAAUCUUAGUUAUCUUUUAGAAAAAUCUUCUCCUCUGAAACUACUGGGCCAAAUUAAUUGAAACUUGGCCACAAUCAUCUUUGGGGUAUCUAGUAUAAAAAUUGUGUCCGGUAACUUGGCCAACCAACCAAGAUGGCGGCCAUGGCUAAAAAUAGAACAUGGGAGUAAAAUGCAGUUUUUGGCUUAUAACCCAAAAAACAAAGCAUUAAGAGCAAAUCUGACAGAGUUGAAAUUGUUGAUCAGGUCAAGAUCUAUCUGCCCAGGAAUUUUCAGAUGAAUUGGAUCAUCGAUUGUUAGGUUGCUGCCCCUAAAUUGGUAAUUUUGAGGAAAUUUUGCUGUUUUUUUGUUAUUAUCUUGAAUAUUAUUAUAGAUAGAGAUAAACUGUAAACAGCAAUAAUGUACAGUAUAGUAAGAACUAAAAAUGAGUCAACAUGACCAAAAUAGUCAAUUGACCCCCUGAGGAGUUAUUGCCCUUCAUAGUCAUUUUUUAACAAUUUUCACAAAAUUUGUAGAUUUUCACUAACAUUUUCCACAGAAACUACUGUUAUAGAUAGAGAUAAUUGUAAGCAGCAAAAAUGGUUAGUAAAGUAAGAUCUUCAAACACAUCACCAUCACCAAAACACAAUUUUGUCAUGAAUUCAUUUGUGUACAAUGUUUAAUAUUAACAUAGACCAAGGUGAGCGACACAGGCUCUUUAGAGCCUCUAGUUUAUUAU